AUGAAAAAUACCAAAAGUGGGUCUUCUGCUUCUCAUAAAACUCCCUAUAUUUAUUUUAAACAGCUGUUGUUUUUGAAGAAUACUGUUGGUAAUUUAAACCCAGAGAGUAGCAUUACGGAAGAAGAAAAGUCGACAACUGAUCAAGAACCUUUAGGACCGUACUCUAGGGAAAAUAUAGUGGGAAGAAAGAAGAAAAAACCUUCAGAUGAUGGCACAAGGGAAUUAUUGGAAACAUUGAACAAAUGUAUUGAUACUCGUAAAAAUAACGCGGACAUUUUGGAACGAGAUGAGGACAGAAUGUUCCUGCUGUCCCUUUUAUCGUCUUUUAGGAAAAUUCCCGAACACAAAAAACCAGCAGCGAAAAUUCAAUUAAUCACAAUGAUCGAUUCAUUCGGAACCAGUACGCCAAAUAACGUAUAUCCAAACUCCGUUUGGCGUAAUUAUAACGAGUUCGAGUAUGAGCGUGGCUAUUUCACACCAGAGGCCGGGUCUUCUACAGCUACAGCACGAAGUCAAACAGCACGGUUACGCUCUGAAGCACCAACACAACAGAAUUACUAUACUCUACCAACUUCAGUUCCUUCACCGCAAGAACGCCCAGAGUCGCAAGUUUCUACUGCCACUUCAAGUGCCUCGCAAGAUUCUGAUUAUUUGGACUUAUUUUGAAUCUUUAUUUUAUUUUUUUGUGCUUUGAAUUUAAAAUUAGUUUAUAUAGUAUUGAUUCAGUUAAACAAUAAAUACAUGAUGUCAAAUUAUUUUAUUUUAUUUAUUUUAUUAUUACUGAAAUUACAGCAUCAAUGUUACAAAAUUUACAAUUUAUUUUUAACUAGCUGACUCAUGACAGUGAAAUGACAGUGACACUGACAUAGGCACGGUAGUGCCACUGCAACUCGAGCAAGCACUGUUACUUAAACGCUCUGGUUUUAAAAUAAUGAAGUUUACACUUACCUUAGAGU